AUGAAACUCCACUCGUUUAGUUUGAUUCGAUUUUUAGGAUUAGCAGCAUUUGCUUCCUCCUUGAGCACCAUUUAUUCUUCAGCAACUACCACUGUUAGUGCUGGUACUUGUCUUUCAUGUUCAACAAUUUAUCCAAGCACAACUAAAUCAUCAACCACAAGUUCAACUUCAACUUCAACUUCAUUGAGCACUAUUCAUUCAAAAUCAACAGUCACUUACUCUAGUGGUACAUGUGCUUCUUGCUCAACCUCAUAUUACCCAACACCAUCAUCAUCAAAGACUUCUCCAACUACUACUUCUAGUUCUACAACUACUUCAUCUGUCACACCAACUUCAUCUACCACUAAACCAUCCACUAGUUCAACCUCAACUAGUUUGAGCACCAUUCACUCUAGCACCACAAAGACAUACUCUUCUGCUACUUGUUUAUCAUGUUCUACAUCAUACUACCCAACAACUGAAACAACACAUUCAUCAACAACGGUGACUGUGUCUAAAGGUACUUGUUUGUCAUGUUCAACAUCUUAUUAUCCAACUACUGAGACAACACAUUCAUCAACUACUGUGACUGUUUCAAAAGGAACUUGUUUGUCUUGCUCUACUUCAUACUUUCCAACAACAGAAACAACACAUUCUUCGACUACAAUCACUAUAUCGAGUGGUACUUGUUUGUCUUGUUCAACCUCAUACUUCCCAACUCCAUCUUCAAGCUCUUCAAGUUCAAGUUCAAGUUCAAGUUCAAGUUCAAGCUCAGUGAUGACUUCUAGUUCCAGCUCUUCCUCAGUUUCAAGCUCAAGCUCUUCAUCUAGCUCAGUGGUGACUUCUAGUUCCAGCUCUUCCGCAGUUUCAAGCUCAAGCUCUUCAUCUAGCUCAGUGGUGACUUCUAGUUCCAGCACUACCUCAGUUCCAAGCUCAAGUUCAAGCUCAAGCUCUUCAAGUUAUUCAUCUUCAGCAAGCUCUUCCAGCUCAAGCUCUUCUAAACCAUUUAGUGUUUCCUCAAGCAGUUAUAUCAGCUCAUCAUCAUCAUCAAGCUUUUCAAGCUCUUCAAGCUCAAUAACAAGCUCUAGCUCAUCUGCUACUCCUAGCUCAAGCUCUUUUGCUGUUUCAAGUUCAAGCACUAGCUCAACUUUUGUUAGUUCAAGUUCUUCCGUUGUUUCAACUUCUAGCUCUGCUUACUCAUCAAGUUCAAGCUCUUUAGUGGUGUCAAGUUUAAGCUCAAGUUCCUCCUCUGUCGUCUCAAGCUCUUCUGUUGCCACCAGUUCCAGCUCUGUUGUUUCAUCAAGCUCAAGCUUAGUCACAACUUCUUCUUCUGUCUCUUCAAGAUCAAGCUUCACUCACUCCAGUUCCUGCUCUUUAAUAUCAUCAAGCUCUUCCAGCUCUUCGGUUAUAAGUUUGUCAAGUUCAGCAAGCUCUUCUUCAACUCCAGUCACGAUAUCAUCAACAACAACUACAACCGUUUCCUCGGGAACUUGCUUGUCGUGUUCUACAAGUUUUUAUUCACUUUCAACCACCACCCUCAAGCCAGCCUCUUCCACGUUUUCCUCCAUUAGCUCAAGUUCUUCAAGUGCUAUUUCAAGUUCUUCAAGUGUUGUGUCUUCAAGUUCAUCAACAUCUCUUUCAUCAUCAAGUUCUGUCUCAUCAAGCUCAGUUGUUAGUUCCUCAUCCUCAGUUUCAGAAUCGAGCACAACGUCACAAUUUAGUUCUUCUGUUUCAAGCAGCUCUUCUGUCCAUUCCUCAACCCUCACUACAAGCAGUAUCACAAAACCUGUGAUCUCUUCAUCAAGCUCAUCAAUCUUAUCAAGCUCGUUGGUCUCAUCAUCAACUGUGGUGAGUUCAAGCUCUCGCAUUACAAGUUCAUCAAGCUCUGAAUCUUCAAUGAGUUCAAGUUCAACAACUCCAGAAUUGAGUUCAACUACUGUUAUCACUAUCACUAGUUGCUCAUUGCCAGGUUGCUCCAUGUCAAGCUCAAGUGUUUCAUCCUCAUCUUCUGCUGAAAGUAGCUCCACUUUUGUGUUGAGCUCAUCAUCAUCAUCGUCAUCAUCUAUUUAUACCACCACCUCGUCAACAACUUCAACAAUCUCCAGUUUCACUUGCUUUUCAUGCUUUACAUCUCACUCUUCUGGAUAUUCUUCAAGUGAGUCGAGCUCCAGCGCAUCUUCAAGUUUCUCUUCCACAACUCACACCACCCCAUCAUCAUCUUGCUCAGUUGAAAGUUCAUCUAGGGUGACACCUUCAAGCUCAAGUGUUAUUUCAAGUUCUUCAUCAGUUGUUUCUUCUAAGUUUUCCACCACAAGCUCAUCUAGCUUUUCACAUACAUCAUCCACUCCAGAGUCAUAUACUGUCACUACCGUCACCACAUCAUUCAACAUAACAAGCUUUACAACUGUUCCAUGUACCACAAACUCAUUGUCAUCAUACUUCUCAACACCAACUACAACUCAAUACACAGUUGAAACGGUCACUAUUCCGCAUACUGAGACCAUCACAACUACUGUCCCUUGUGAAUCAUCAAGCUCCACAAGUGCAACAUCAACAACUGAAGAAACUUCAUUCACUGUUACAACAAUAACAAAAUCUGGAAGUAUUGUCAUCACAACAACUGUUCCAUGUACAUCAGAGGCUCCUUCUACGUCAUCAUCAUAUACUGUUGUGACAACCACAAAUUCACAGGGUACUACCAUUUAUUCAACUGUUCCUUGUGAAUCUACAUCAAGUGAAAUUUCUUCAACAUCUGAAUUUGUUAUUACCACUACAAAUACAUAUGGAUCAACCAUCACCACAACAGUUCCUUGUGAAACUGGUACUACAUUACAAACACCAGACGUCACUACAACUUCAUUCAUAGUGGUCACUACUACAAACUCAAGUGGUGCUACAGUCACUACAACGGUACCAUGUGAAUCCACAUCUGAUGUUCCAACCAUCACCACAACUGAUGUUAAUGGUCAAACAGUCACUGUGCCAUGUGAAUCUUGUUCAAUACAAAUCGAAACAAGUAGAACAUCACCAACGAUAGCUGCUGAAGAACCAUCAUCAUCACAAGAAACUACCCCAAUUUCAUCACAACCAUCCACUGGAACAUUGACAACCUUUUCAAGUAACCCAUCAACAACUUCAACCCAAAUAAUCAACACAUUAUCCACUGUCGUUCCUUCUAUCUCAUCAUUAGAAUCAAACUCAAGCACAGCAUAUACUGUACAAGAAGCUAAUGCUGGUAAUGUUUUGAAAGGCCAACAUGGCUUACUAUUUGGAUCUUUGUCUUUUUUCGUUUUUCUUUUACAAAUGAUAUUCUAG